AGCAGCCACAUCUAUAAAAAGCAGCUAUCAAAUGAGUGGAAUGUAGCAAAAUUUCAGGAUAAGUAUAAGUAGCAUAGCGAGAGAGAAUUUUACAGCAAAUGAUGGAGGUUCUUAGCUCAAGCCAGCCGUCACUCAGAUGCUGCGGAACAGAGGAGGAGGGGAAAGUAGAGUGCAAGUGCGUAGAAGGAUGGUCUUGCUCUGUUACUAAAACAGAUAGUUCCAAAGCUGGCAAGCCCUUCUGUAUUUGUUCCACGUCCGACACCACCUGUAUCUGUGUGGAUGAAUCUGAGAGCACGUUAGCAGAGGUAAAGAAAGCUUUAGAGGGCUCACUUGGUUGCAAAGUAGUCUGCAAGACUGACGCAGGAUAUACUUGUAAAAUCACCAAUGCUGGGAAAGUCAUAGCUGAAUGUGGAGAAGGUUGCAUCUGCAUCGUUGAUGAAACAGGCAGUAUUAAAUGCAUAACCAAAGCAGCAGAGACCUCCUGCUGCACCUCUUCCUCUUGUAACUAAAAUAUAUAAGACACUGUUUAUUCAUAAACAAAUAAGACCAGCAGCUAGCUUGCUUGCAUGGAUGAUGCUGGAUUAAUGGUGCCUGAUUGAGAAAAUACUGCUUAUCUCGAAUCAUGUGAUCAUUUGUGUAUCUCCAGUUUGGUUUAUUAAAUGAAGUUCUGUUUGUUUAAAACUCA